AAAAUUUUGAUUCUUGUUUGUGUACAUUUUUCCUCGAAGUGCGAGUUGAUUUUUUUCUUUAAAAUAGUGUUAUAUUUCGUUAAAAUGCUCGUUAAACUUAUUUAAAAUUGAUAGGAACUAGUUAAACCGUCCAACGCUAAAUAUAAGUGAAACAGUGUGAGAAAAUUUACCCGACAAUGACUCUGGAUUCUUAUGACAAACUUUUGGGAACCGUACUGCAAGAGUACAAAAUUUUAGCUGAAUUCGAGCGUUUGCAAAGUGAAGAUUUGGGUGGUGUGUACGUCAUUCCGUCCUUCGAAAACAGCUUCCUUUGGUUCGGGGUAAUUUUCGUUCGAAACGGCCCCUUCAAGGAUGGCGUUUUUCGGUUCUCGAUUUCGUUACCGGACAAAUUCCCUGCCGACUCUUCAGUUCCGACGAUCGUUUUCCAAAGUGAAACAUUCCAUCCGCUGAUCGAUCCGUACAACGGAACACUUGAGCUCGGGGAAGCCUUCCCGAAGUGGAAAGCCGGCGAAAACCACAUCUGGCAGUUGCUCAAGUUUGUGCAGUACAUUUUCGGUUCCUUCGAAGAAUUUAUGUCCCUAACGGAGCAGAGCGCCAACAAUGUGGCCUACGAGCUGUACCAACAAUCGCGCCACGAAUUUCAGCAAAAAGUGACGGAUUGCGUGAGAAUCAGCCAGAACAAAUUGUAUGAUCCGGCACCGGUUCAGGACCGGAACUAUAUCGUUUUCGAUCGGUUUUCCGAGGACGUUCACGGGCCGGUGCUGGAAUCGAUCCGGCAGGGCAAGGCUACGCCCGAAGUGACAACGCCACCCGCAUCGGGCCUGUCGUGGGUCAAGGAAGGCGUCUUCCAGCCGCUCAGCAAACAGGGGUAAGUUAAGACGGGGAUCUGUGUUGAAAUCUAUAACUGCAUAAUCAUUCGGGGUUGUCCAGUGGUCUACGUGAAAUAGUGCUACGUUGAUAUUUCAUAUUUUUCUCGAUUUUUAAUUCUUUUUUGAGUUCUGAUUGAAUUCUGAAUUAUGUUUUCAAGCUUUGCACAUCAAAUCUAAAAUCCUAAACUCUUAAAUUUUAACUCUAUUCGAAUAUCUUUAUGUAUUUGAAUAAUAUAGCUUUAAUCAUUUGUUUUAAUACAUUAGAAAAUCUUAAUCAAAAAAUGUGGGUCCUUUGAUUUUAUCCUUGUUCUGGAUAUUUAGGUUUGACUCAAAAUAUUUUCUAAGAUAAUGUAAGAUUUAGCACUUUCACGAAGAUUCUGGGCAACUUUCUACAAACCAUGAGGAACAAAUUCGGUAUCAAAUGAACAAAACAGUGCAAAUUUAAGGUAGAACUAAAUGUAACGAUGAGCUAAUAUUUAUUUAUUAGGAAUCACAUAAUUUAGGAACGAUGUAGAACAACGGAUGAUCAAAUGGCAAUAACAUUAUCAUUUUGGAAAUAAUUAUUAUACCUACUAAUCUUAACCAAACUAUCUAGGGUUUAGCAAGAAAUAAUAAAACGAAAACACAGAAGUUGUGAUGAGUAGAAA